AUGAAUUUCAAUUCGUCUCAUAUUACACAUGACUCUCCUUUUGUUUUAAAAAACAAAAUCAACGAUUGGGGCGUAUUAAAAUAUGAGGAAAAUGAUUGGUGUAAUGCAUUUCAAAAUAAGAUUCUUGAAUUUAGAGCAGGCAACAAAAUUCCUAGAAAAGAUCCUUAUUGGGAGCAGGAGUGCGACAUUAAAAAAAUAACUUUACAAAACUUUUUUGUUAGUUCAAAAACUCAGAAAGAUUCUUGGUUAUAUUACGAUUAUAAAUACAUGAAAGAUGUUUUACCCUUAAAUAGUGAAGUAUUCAAUGAUAUAAAAUGGUCCAAUUUCAAUUUACCAAAUAUUUCAGCUAAAGAUUCUACAUUAUGGAUUGGCAAUGAAGGUGCUCAUACUCCUUGUCAUAUGGAUACCUAUGGAUGUAAUUUUGUCGCUCAAAUAUUAGGCAGAAAAUUAUGGAUAUUAAUUCCUCCUGAUGAAAUUGAUGAAAUGGAACCAGUAAGAGUUCCAUAUGAAGAAUCCAGCAUAUACAGUGCCCAAAAUUUUUAUACUCCUUCAGAAAAAUUACUAAGUAUUAAGAAGGCAUAUCAGGUCAUUUUAUCACCGGGUGAAGUUCUUUUUAUACCUAGGCACUGGUGGCAUUAUGUUGAAAAUUUAGAAGUAGCCAUUAGUGUUAAUGUUUGGGUACCCAUGAACAUUGACUGUGAAAGCAGAUUAGAAGAAUCUUUGGUAAAAAACUUUGUUUACAACGUAUGUCAAGAAUUAUCGUUAGAAGAAGCUAAACAAUUAUUAAAUCCAAAUGAAUAUUCAUUGUUAAAAGAAGAAGAUUACAUUUUUAAAACGAUAUCUAAUUGUAUUGAAAAAUGUAUUCAAUUUAGAAAACAAAAAAAUUCUAAAGAAAAGUUUCAACAAGAAAUUGAUGACACAUCCUUCUGUGAAAAAACGGCUGUAGAACAUUGCGAUCUUAAAAAUUAUAUUAAAAAAAAAAAUGAGAUGCUCAAUUACAAGUCGAUACCAGAUACAAAAUCUAAAGAAAAAAAUCCAAACAUUUUACUUGCCAAAAGUCUUAUUAAUGGUUAUUCUCAUCCAACUACAAUAAAAUUAUUAAAAGAAUCAGUUUUGAGCUCAUACUUAAAAAACCGAUAA